GAGGCGUGAGCUCGGACAGCCUUGGGCCCCUCGCCAGUCCCCACCUGGCACUUGUCUGUGUCACUGUCAGGAUUUGUCUGACUCCGCGUUCCCUCGCAGGGGUGUGUUGGGGGGAGUCCUCUUUGCAACCCUCAAAAUGGUUAUCAAAGUGUUUGUUGCCACAUCAUCUGGGUCCAUAGCGAUUAGGAAGAAACAGCAAGAAGUAGUGGGCUUUUUGGAAGCUAAUAAAAUCGAUUUUAAGGAGUUCGAUAUUGCUGGAGAUGAAGACAAUCGGAGGUGGAUGAGAGAGAACGUUCCUGGAGAGAAGAAACCUCAAAAUGGGAUUCCUCUGCCCCCACAGAUAUUCAACGAAGAGCAGUACUGUGGGGAUUUUGACUCUUUCUUCUCUGCAAAAGAAGAGAAUAUUAUUUAUUCCUUCCUUGGCUUGGCUCCCCCUCCAGGCUCAAAGGUGACAAAAUCGCCCAAGGAAGCAUCUUCCCUUCCCAAUGGUGAUGUGGCAGAAGCACAGAGCAACACAGAGGGAACAGAGAAGGCUGAAGAAAGUGGACAACACGAGGCACAAAAAGAAGGCAGUGAAGAUGCAGGCGACCUCACCGGAUCCCCAGAGAAGAAUGAAGAAGAGGGAGAGACAGCAACAGAAGAGAAUAAGACGGAAGAAAUAACUGCGGAGGGAGCAGAAGGGGAAGCGGAGGAAGAGGAAGCUGAGAAAGGAGAAGAGGAGGGGCCAGGAGAAGAAGAAGAAGGAGAAGAGGAAGAAGGAGAAGAGGAAGAAGAUUCUUAGGCCUUUUCAUGCUUUAUUCUUCCACUUGUCCAGGAAACCCAAGCCACGAAGCACCAUUUCAACUCUCUUCCCACAAACCAAAUUCAACAAAAUGCUUUGGCCCGAAGCUAGCACACGUCUGUCAGUACAUCCAGGGUUCACCGAGGAAUUGUAUGAUCCGACACGGUUAGAUCUCCAUGCAUAUACCUGCUUAAUCAUAUCAACAUGAAAUCAAAUGUGAAGAUAGCACAUGCACACCUUCAUGGGGCUGACAUUUGUGGCCUUUGCUUAAUUUUUUGCUCUGAAUGAAUAGACCUUCUAAUACCCUGAAAAAAUUUCAAAAUAUAGAACUUCUCUUUGUGAUAUGACAAAAGUAUUUCUUUGUAUGUGCCUUAUGCUACUUUUCUCAGAAUUAGCUUUGAAAAUGAAGAGAUUUAUAGAGAGCAAUCAUACUAAUAAAGAUGAAUAGCAAAUA